UACACGGCGUGCGCCACUUCCGAACCCAACCUCGCCGAUCGACGAGUCGUUCGGAUCUUCCUCCUUCUUGAUGUUGAAAGGUUAGCUGUCCAAGGGGUAGGAUGUCUCCUGUUAGAAAGGAUUAGAGUACCAGUACACACUGGCUGUACCAUAUUCUGCCAAUCAGGUUUUAUCAAUUGUUUUGUGCAUCAUCCACUUCAGUGAAGAACAUGGGAGGUGGGAAGGACAAGCAUGGUGAGAAAGACACCAGUGACAAAGGAUUCUUUUCAGACCUGGCACAUGGACAUUAUCCACCAGGACACCACUCUGGACACCCUCCACCACCUGGGGCAUACCCACCUCAAGGUUACCCCCCAGCACCUGGGGGAUAUCCUCAAGGGUACCCUCCACAGGGAUACCCUCCACAUGGGUACCCCCCUGCUGGAUACCCACAAGCAGGUUAUCCCGGUCCAUCUGCUCCACAUCAAGGCCAUGGGUCUCACAUGGGAGCGAUGCUAGCUGGGGGUGCAGCUGCUGCAGCGGCCGCUUAUGGGGCGCACCAUAUGUCUCAUGGUGCUCAUCAUGCUCCACAUGGGGCCUACCAUGGGCACAUGCCUGGCCACCACGGCAAGUUCAAGCAUGGGAAGUUUGGCAAGCACAAGCAUGGGAAGCAUGGUAUGUUUGGAGGGAAGAAGGGUAUGUUCGGAGGGAAGUUCAAGAAGUGGAAGUAAUUGCUAGUAGUGUUUGAUUGCUGACUGAGCCAGCGAACCUUUCGUUGUAGUUCCAAUCAAAUUUCUGCUGAUCGUAUUACAAAGCUUUGUGCUUUGUCUUCUUACGGUUGCCUUGAACUUUGCUUUCUACCUAUAAGCGCUUUAUAUUAUGUAUAGGUGAAUAAAGAGAACUUUAUAUAAAUAAAUGCUCUGCCUUUUUUCUACUGUACA